AUGCUGGACUCCCGAAAGCGUAGAAACCAACAGGCAAAGAAACCAUCAAGUAAAACCAAAAAGCUUACAGAUUACUGGUCUCCUCGAAAAAGCAAGCGUUUAAUCGAGAAAAAACAAAAUGUCAUCGAACACAAAAAACUCGAAUCUAAAAUCCUCGAACAAAGAGAGGAAGACCUUUCUAUUAAAUCAUUCCCCAUCAAAGGACGUGGUGUCGUGGCUGACCGAGAUUUCCCCAGCGGACAAUUCGUGGUGGAAUACAUCGGAGAACUCAUCAAUGCCUCAAUCGCCAAAAAACGUGAAAAAAUCUACGAACAAGACAACAAAGACUGCUAUUUAUUUUAUUUUGAAUAUAAUAAUCGUCAUUAUUGGUACAAUAUUUAUUUAAUUUGUAGUAUUGAUUCUACUGAGGAGAGCGGGAGAAUUGGCAGACUGGUUAACCAUUCGCGAAUCAACCCAAACUGUAAAAGUCGACUGAUGGUCGUGGGUGGAGUCCCGAGGAUCACUCUCUGGACGUGCAAGGAUGUCCAUAAGGGAGAGGAGUUUGUAUUCGACUAUGGGGAUAAGUCUGCUAGUUCUCUCAAAGCCUUUUCUUGGCUUGCAAACACGUGAUUGCUCUU